AUGCGCUCCAUGUCCGGCGCGGUACAGCUGCGGGUGUGCCCGGAGCGCUGCCUGUUCGAUGACCCGCUGCGGGUGCAGGUGAGCGGGCUGAUCCCCGGGCAGGAGGUGACUCUCCGCACCGAGCUGACCGAUGAAGGCGGGGAGCUGUUCACUUCCCUGGGCCGGUACCUAUCCCAUAAUGCAAAACUAUCUCUAAUCUACAAAACACCCCACGUGGAAUUGUGCUUACCCCCAGAGUCUGACCCUCUGUUACUAGAAAAGGUCAAACAGCACAAGAUGUUAAAUCAAUCCUCCAAGGGCAAAUCCACAGGACCUGGUCCAUUUCCUGGCAUCAUAGAUCUGUACGGAACAGGGGGAGGUCUCAUGGAACACCGAGCCAGCCUCUUGGCCAACCACGGCUUUGCGACAAUGGCACUUGCAUUUUUCGAUUAUGAUGACCUUCCUAACAAUCUAGGUGGCCUUCAUCUGGACUACUUUCGGGAAGGUUUGGAGUUUUUAAGACGUCACCCAAAGGUUAAUAAACAAGAAAUUGGGAUUAUAGGCCUUUCUAAAGGUGCUGACCUAGCAAUCACAAUGGCAACUUUCCUACCUGGAGUCAAGGCAGUUGUCAGUAUAUCUGGCUGCAAUGCCAACACUAUGGCCCCAUUACCAUGUGAUGGCUUUGUGCAACCAUGCUUGGGCUUUAGUGCUGAGAAGAUUAAGUUUACAGAAGCUGGCGAAGCGGAUCUUUCAGAGUUUAUGGAAGAUCCUAUGGACCCGGCAUUUCAGGAGUGCCUCAUCCCAGCUGAACGGUCCUCUGCCUCCUUCCUCCUCUUAUCCGGUCUCGAUGACAAGAACUGGCCCAGCGCAUUAUACACUAAGCAGUUUGUUGCACGUCUCAAAGAGCACAACAAGGAUGUGGAAUCUUGCUAUUACCCUGGGGCUGGUCAUCUGUUGGAGCCCCCUUAUUUUCCUUUGUGCAAGGCUUCCAAACACAAGCUAUUGGGAAUGCCUAUGUUGUGGGGAGGUCAGCUUAGAGCCCAUGCUAAAGCACAAGAAGAUGCAUGGAAAAGGAUCCUAACAUUUUUCUCGAAGCAGCUCAAAGCCAAUAUUACCACUUACAGCCGUCUGUAGAUACCCUCUAGCAAUAAGAAUGCUAAUGU